CUCUUUUCAUAUUUUCCAAAAUCGAAUUAGUUCAGUUCACAGCUAAACGUUUAACAGAACACAACACAAACCAGAGCACCGACAACUCACAACAUAUAAGAAUCAUAAUAAAUUCAAAACCAACAAAUAAUAAAUUAAAUAUAUUAGAAAAAAAAAAUAAAACCGAGCACAAGAGAGAGAUAUAUUCUAAAGCAACGGAAAUAUAAAUUGAAUUUAUAUUCAAUUCCAAAUUAAGUGUUGAAAAAGAAAUUUAGUAGCCAAAAUCAUAAAAAAGGCAACAAAAGUAACAAAUUUAGUGCAAAUUUUUAGAAAUAUCUUGUGAAUCAUAUCAACAAAAUGCAUAGCACAUUAUUGGAUGAGAUUAACCAAAAUGGUUACAUUGUUAUUGAAGAUUUCCUAACACCCGAAGAAGUCGAUGAACUCUACAAAGCUGGACGUGCCUUAUGCAUGGAUGCUCCUCAGGCAAAUCGCAAAAUAUUCGAUACUUGCAAACACGAAGAUGCCCAGAGUAAAGAAACCUAUUUCCUCGAGUCUGGAGACAAAGUGCGAUAUUUCUUUGAAGAUGGUGCAGUAGGUGAAAAAGGCGAAUUGUUGGUGGAUCCCAUGGUGGCACUGAAUAAAGUCGGCCAUGCUUUACACACAGAAAAUCCUGUCUUUAAUAAAAUCAGUUUCUGCAAUCGUGUUAAGGAGAUUUGUUGGCAAUUGAAUUUCAAUAAGCCUGCCAUUUGCCAGAGCAUGUAUAUCUAUAAGAAUCCCAGUAUUGGAGGUGAAGUUGUGGCCCACCAAGACUCAUGGUAUUUACAUACAGAACCUGGUUCAGCUAUUGGAUUUUGGUUUGCCUUGGAAGACUGUACUCUGCAAAAUGGUUGUCUGCAAUUUAUCAAGGGAUCUCAUAAGAGUGGAGUGCAUCGUAGAUAUAUUCGCAAUCCCGAUAAGGAUUCUAAUGAUUUGAUGAUCUACGAUAGAGCAGCACCAAUUUAUCCUCAUUCAAGUUUCACACCCAUACACUGUAGCAAAGGUACCUGCAUUGUCAUCCAUGGCGAUGUUGUGCAUAGGAGUGAACCAAAUCGUUCCACCAAAAGCCGUCAUGCCUACACCUUCCAUGUUAUUGAGACUGAAAAUAAUGUCAAAUACUCUGAAGACAAUUGGUUGCAGCCACCAAAAGACAAACCCUUCCCCUUGCUCUUCGAAAGAAAGAACUGAUCUAACUGUCUCUAUUUACAUACGUAUAUUAUGGAACGAAUUAAACCACCAUUAUUUUCCACAAUGUUUUAUACAAUUUCCGUUUUGUAAUUUAAUAUGUGCCUGUAUGUUUUUUCUUAUAAUUUUUUAGGUUUUCGUUCUAAAGUAAUUUCUGUUCUUUGUGAUUUUAACCCUCCCCCAUAUUAUUUUUGCAAUAAUUUAGUUUAAUAUCUUUAAGUGAAGUAACGAUUGUAUUAAUUCAAGACAAAGAUAAGAAGCAUGUUGACAUAGAUAU